CUGAGUUCAAUUGGCCCAAGAAAUCCAACUCCUACAUAAACCCUCUUCCACGCAUUCAUUCGUGCAUACAUAUUCCAAUUCCAUUCUCGACACAUAACACAACUCAAUAAGUUCCCCCCAAAAUGACACGUCAUUUCCUCCUCCUUUCUCUGUUAUUCUUUGCGUCCACACUCUCUCGUCUCGUCCUAACUGUCACCGCCGGUCACGCUUCCGCUUUCACUUCCAGUCACGCUUCUGGUGACACCGACUUCAUUCGCCAAAGCUGCAACGCAACGUUGUACCCUGACCUAUGCUUCUCCUCGCUCUCUCGCUACGCCGCCGCGGUGCAACGUAGCCCCGGCGGCCUCGCGCGCGUGGCCGUUGCCGUGGCGCUUGCUAAGGCGCACGGCGUAGCGGCCUAUCUCUCGCACCAGACCGCUGCGGUGAUCGACGAGGAUUCCGGCGCAGGUGCCAGCGCCGCCGUGAACGACUGCUUCGCGAACCUGGAGGACGCUGUGGACGAGAUCCGCGGCUCGUUGAAGCAGAUGCGGCGACUGAGACCGAACGAGGACUCCGGUUCGGUCCGGUUCGGGGUGAGCAACGUGCUGACGUGGAUGAGCGCGGCGCUGACGGACGAGGAAACGUGCACGGACGGGUUCGAGGGCGUAGAAGAAGGUCCCGUGAAGACGAGCGUAUGCGAUCGCGUAACCAGAGUGAAGAAGUUCACAAGCAAUGCUUUGGCGCUGGUGAACGGUUUCGCUAAUAAGUUAUAAUAUGCGCACAGUUGAAAACGAAUAGUCUCUGUCGUUUUUGUUGUUUACUUUGCCUUUUGGUUUUGUGUGUGAAUGCUUACUAGUCUUAUCUUUCAAAUAUAGUAAUUUAGUUUUAUAAUUUUUGCA